AGGACCCGCCCCCAUGGCAGUCACUGCAGGAACUGGAAGUUAAAUGUUCCUGCUAAGAAACAUUUUCUUUGACUGUUCCUACCUGGGUGUUUGCUGUGGUCUAGCCUGGGAGGGUCUAGCCAAGGUCCAGCCAGAACAGAGAGAGAGAGCCUGUCACCAUGCCGGCUUGCUGCAGCUGGAAUGACGUCUUGCAAUAUGAGACAAACAAAGUCACCCGGAUCCAGAGUGUGAAUUAUGGCACCAUUAAGUGGGUCUUGCAUGUGAUCGUCUUUUCUUAUGUUAGCUUUGCUUUAGUGAGUGACAAGCUGUACCAGCGGAAGGAGCCUGUUAUCAGCUCUGUGCACACCAAGGUCAAAGGGAUCGCAGAGGUGACAGAGAACAUCACGGAGGGUGGGGAGAUGAAGUCACUGCGCAACAUCUUUGACACCGCAGACUACACCUUCCCUUUGCAGGGGAACUCGUUCUUUGUGAUGACAAACUACCUCAAGUCAGAAGGCCAAGAACAGAAGCUUUGUCCUGAGUUUCCCACCAGCCCCAGUGCAAAGUGUAAAUCCGACAGGGACUGUAUAAAGGGAUGGAUGGACCCUCUAAGCAAAGGAAUCCAGACUGGCAAGUGUGUACAGUACGAUAAGAACCGGAAGACCUGUGAAAUCUUUGCCUGGUGUCCCGCUGAGGAGGGGAAAGAGGCCCCCCGGCCUGCACUCUUGGGGAGCGCUGAAAACUUCACUGUGCUCAUCAAAAACAAUAUUGACUUCCCCGGCCACAACUAUACGACGAAAAACAUUUUUCCAGAUCUGAAGAUCCCUUGUACCUUUCAUAAAACUCAGAACCCUCAAUGUCCCAUUUUCCGACUAGGGGACAUCUUCCAAGAAGCAGGAGAGAACUUUUCAGAGGUAGCAAUUCAGGGAGGAAUCAUGGGCAUUGAGAUCUACUGGGACUGCAACUUGGACAGCUGGUCCCAUCGCUGUCGUCCCAAGUACAGCUUCCGCCGCCUGGAUGACAAGUACACCAACAAGUCCUUGAUCCCUGGCUACAACUUCAGAUACGCCAAGUACUAUAAGGAAAACAACGUGGAAAAACGGACACUGAUCAAAGCCUUUGGGAUCCGCUUUGACAUCCUGGUUUUUGGCACGGGAGGAAAAUUCGACAUCAUCCAGCUGGUUGUGUACAUUGGAUCCACACUGUCCUACUUUGGCUUGGCCACUGUAUUCAUCGACUUGCUCAUCAACACAUACUCAAGCGCCUUCUGCAGGUCCGGCGUCUACCCCUGCUGUAAGUGCUGUGAAUUCUGUGCGGUCAAUGAGUACUACUACAGGAAGAAGUACGAGCUGGUCAUGGAGCCAAAGUCGACGUUAAAGUAUGUGUCCUUUGUGGAUGAGCCCCACAUUCGGAUGGUGGACCAGCAGCUGCUCGGGAAGAGUCUGCAAGUUGUCAAAGGCCAAGAAGUUCCAAGGCCUCAGGCGGAUAUUAUGAACCUGUCUAGGCUGUCCCUCUCUCUCCACGACUCACCUCCCAUUCCUGGACAACCUGAGGAAGUGCAGCUGCUGUGUAAACAGGUGGCCCCCGGGUCCAAGGACAGCCCAGGCUGGUGCCAGUGUGGAAACUGCCUCCCGUCGCGGCUCCCAGAGAAUCGCAGGGCCCUGGAGGAGUUAUGCUGCCGGAGGAAGCCGGGACCCUGCAUCACCACCUCAGAGCUCUUCCGGAAGCUCCUGCUGUCCAGACAGGCGCUGCAGCUCCUCCUGCUCUACCAGGAGCCCUUGCUGGUGCUGGAGGAAGAGGCCACCAACCGCCGCCUACGACACUGUGCGUACAGGUGCUAUGCCAUCUGGCGCUUCGGCUCCCAGGACAUGGCUGACUUUGCCAUCCUGCCCAGUUGCUGCCGCUGGCGGAUCCGGAAGGAGUUCCCCAAGACUGAGGGGCAGUACAGUGGCUUCAAGUACCCCUACUGACAUGGCUGCCACAUUAUGGUGGCUCAGAGCAGCUUUUCUUUGCAGACCUAGAGCCACAUUUUCAGACAAAGGGAACUUAGUUUUCCUCCCGCGGAAGGUCUUUGUGUGCUGAAGACCCCGAUUAGACCAACCCGCAAGCGCACAAGCCCUCUCCACAUGGAUGAGGACCUGACGCAGAUCUGAGUCUGGAGUCUGACCCUGGGCUUUAAAGUGUACAUAGGCUCCUCAUUUCCCAGCCUGCUCUCCCUAAACUAGCCUGAGUCCGGUGUAGGUGGAUGUCUUGUAAAAGUUUACAUAGCUCUGUGGAUGCAAAGGUCUAACCCUAAAAACAAACCCUUUGGGAUUUGAGAAUGCCCAGAGAGGUAAAAGAUGGCUACCAAUUCUCUGACAUCCCCUCCCCCAAACCAACCCAACCCUCAAGACUCAAAGACAUUGUUUUCCCCUCCCCAUUACAGGCAGCUCUGGUGGCUCCAUCCAGUAGUGGGUGUGUCCUUGCAUCUAUCUUAGGACCUUGUUUUAAGAGGCUAACAUCUCCCCCUUCCUGUCCUUGGAACUCUUGCUGAGGGGAAGCCAGCCCAAGUAGAGAGUCUGGCUGUAGGAGGCACCUCUGCGGCAGGAAAACCCGAGCAGCUCCACAGAAAGGUACUGACACUGCCAGCUCAUCGCCUCUAAGCCCGGUCACCACACAGGGAGAGAAGCUCCCUUCAGGUGAUUCCAGACCCUGUUAAUGUGUGACUGAAACUGCAGGGGACACGCUAAGCACCAACUGCCCGAUCAACCCAGAGGAGCACCUUUCCGUCUUAAGUCAUUAAGUCUGGGGGAGAGGGGUUGGCACCCAGCAAUGGGACAAGAGGAGGACACUGAGACCUGGAGUCACUGCAAAAUGCAAUGCUCUCUUGGGCAGUUGUAAGAGAAUUCAUUAACUCAAUUUAGAAGUCAUCAAAUCUAACUUAUACAAGGUAUAGUCUGAUCCUCAUUGCUAUCCAAGGGUUCCAAGUGACUGUUAUCAGAGACUGGUAAAAGCCACCUCUGUGUCUCUGACGUCCUGGACUUUACAGCCACUGAGUGUGGAGGCUGUCUGAGAGCUUCCUUCAAAAGCAGCCCAGACGUCCAGGACAGAGUGAUUCCAGAGCCCAGAAGGCCGAGGCAGGAAGGCUGGGAGUUCCAGGCCAGCCUGGGCCACAUGGCAAGACCACGUCUUUUUUUAUUAUUAUUAUUAAAAGAUUUAUUUUUA